AUGAACAGCAUCACAAGCGUCGGUCCAUCACGACCCAGGAGCAUUCUGAAGAAGCGCAGCUCCGUCGGCCUAGACGUCCGAACCCGGUCACCAUCACCCUCAUCACCGCCGUCUUCACCGUCUUCGAUAGCCCGAAAGAGCGCCGCUUUCGACGAGGUGGCCCGAGACAUCAUGACCGGUGCCGAGGUACCGCAGAGCCCCAUGUCCGGGCGCGAGUACCGUGCUUGGCAUAAGGGGUACCGUCAGGCAGUCGGCAAGGCCCUUCUCCUCGCCCGGAUUGAGGGCAUGUACGAAGAAGUGGUGCGUCGGGUCGAUGUGAGGGAGGAAUCUUGA